UGAAUUUCGCAUCGAACAAUCAAAUUACUUGAUUGCUUGUCGUCUAACAGAGUUAGAUCCAUAUUCUUUGAUCGUCCUCGCUCUUAUCCUUACUGCUUCUCCUUUUCACACUCGCACAACCCUUACAUGACAUAAACAACAAACAUUCCUGUGACCACCGGAAUUGUCUCAAUGCCCCCCUCGGCACUCUUUUCGCAUAAAUAGCUAGAUAGCCCCUCUCGAUGGCAGUAUGCGACUUCAGAGAAUUGUGUUCUUAUUGGGUGUCGUCGUCCUCGCAGGCUUCUCGAUUGUCUUUCUGAGAAGAAGCCACCAUGAUUCCGACUUACCUCUAAAUCAGUCUCCUCCAGCUAUUCCACACCCUCCGUCAGGACAUAUUUCUAGCAAUGCACAGCAACAGAAACAUGAGCCAGAAAAUCCCGCGACAACUCCCUUCCCCACAGAUCGACACCCAAUCGCCACUCUAGUUGGAAAUGCAGAGCAGGGUUUCGAACAGCUGCAUUCGCGGCAGUCCAAGACUCUGGCCGACGCCGUCAAUGAAUACCGUCGUCGAUAUCAUAUGCACCCUCCGCCGCAUUUCGAUAAAUGGUUUCAGUUCGCACAGUCGAGGGGCGUCCAAUUAAUCGAUGAAUACGACACGAUUUACCACUCCUUGCUCCCUUUUUGGGCGAUCGAACCAAAGGUGAUUCGUGAACGUGCGCGCGAGGCGCUGGGAUAUGACAAUGCCGUGAUUGGAGUGGUCAUCAGAAAGGGAAAGGUCACUCUGGUUGAAGGAGGUGGUGACGGACUCAAAUGGCAGCGAGAUGCUACUGUUGGGAUGAUGAGUGAUUUUGUGGAGUUUCUGCCAGACAUGGACCUCGUUUUCAACACCCACGAUGAGCCUCGAGUCGUCAUACCGAGCGAUGAUCUGCGCAGGAUGGUCAGUAUUGCGAAGGACAGUGUGCUUCCGAAAUCCUUCCAGAACCAAUCGCCGAAAAACGCAUGGUCGCCUCGGCCUGAAGAUUUGAACAAGGGUGAUCGGAUUGAUGAAGCGCGUACGACACGUUUCAACCGGUAUGCACAUCAGCCCACAUGGACCGACUCUCGAGCUUCCUGUCCGGUGGAUAGCCCCGCCCGAUCCCUGAACGAGGAUGCGCCAGAUAAUAUCGGAGCCUACAAACGUGGAGACCCGGGUUUUAUCUACAAUACCACUGCCUUUUCCGAUAUCUGCAAUACUCCGUCACUGAGGAAAACCUACGGCUUCUUUGAUCGCCCGAAUGCUUUUGACGUGGUUCACGAUCUAUUUCCAAUUUUCUCGCAGAGCAAAAUCUCCAGCUUUCAAGAUAUACUCUACCCAAGUCCCUGGUACUGGGCUAACAUGGUCCCCUACGCGGAGAAAAAUGAUUACCCUUGGGAUAAGAAGCAAGAAAAGAUGUUCUGGAGGGGUUCCACAACCGGAGGUUUCUCUCGAGCUGGUGGCUGGCGGCGGCAGCACCGUCAAAUUUUUGUCGGCAACAUCAAUAGUCUGGACAAUGUCAGAGUUCUUGCUAAGGCCACGGACGGCCAGUGGCAAACCAAGGAAGUCAGUCGCGCAGAUUAUCGUGAUCUGUUCGACGUCAAAUUCACGUUCAUCGGACAAUGUGACCCCAAUGACUGUAAUGCUCAGAAGGAAUUCUUUGAGGUCGUGGAUGCGGUUGGUCUGCAGGAUGCAUGGGCUUACAAGUAUUUGGUCGAUAUCGACGGGAACGCAUUCAGUGGCCGAUAUUAUGCCUUUCUGCACAGCAACAGUCUAGUUUGCAAGGUGGCUAUUUUUCGUGAAUGGCACGACGAGUGGAUCAAACCCUGGGUACACUACGUUCCUCUGAGUCUGGCGGGCGACGAGUACGUUGAGACGAUGCGGUACUUUGUCACCGAAGAUGAAGGCAAAAACACGGCGGCAAAGAUUGCGGGAAAAGGCCGGGAUUGGGCCCUCAAAGCAUUACGAAAUGACGACUUGGAAGUGUGGUUCUUCAGACUGUUAUUAGAGUACGGACGUUUAGUAGACGAUAACCGGGAGAAUCUGGGAUUCUUCCUUUGAUCUGCUGCGGAGUUGGUUAUAAGUCUGCUCCUCUUCUCCUCAAAAUUCUGGUGUUAUGGUUUUGCUUCCUGAAUCUUGCACUUGCUCUGUACCAAUACCCAUUUGCGGAGUGAUAUCUCACAUAUCUGGCUGCAUUUCAGAGGCUGCUGGCGUUUGCUUGUACUUUGUGUUUCUUUUGCCUUGUUUGAUAGUCGUCUAUGAUGGAGACGUCUAGACUUGACGGUCCUGUUGCUGCAACAGGUCCCUGCUUGUAUAUGUAGCUUUGCAGCAGUCUUUGUAGCAAUUGUAUCUACCAAUGGACCGCUCUUUUCC